UAUUGCCGGCGAGCAUCAUUGGGAACCCUAGAUGGACCUAUCGUCUAUGAAACCGAAACAGGAAAUACGACGACUGAGGAAAGAGAAGAGAAGAAACAGACUGAGGAGAGAGAAACAAGCGGAACGAGUGAGCCUGGGUUUGACCUAUUCCCCAUCUAUGCGUCUGACCCGCUUAUAUUUCUUCCAAUGGGUAGACUCCUUGCUCAGCUGCUGGAAAAACCAAAUUCUUCUUACGUCCUGGAUCUCCUCUAGCAGAGGAGAAAGGCUGCUUAUCGCUCCGUCGGUCGAUCUCUUUCAGCCCGGAUUCUUCCUCGCGCUCCUCUCUAACUGGGCACAGUUUUACUGUAGUUGCAUGUUGCUUCUUCUGUCUAUUGUGUCAGAUCUGAUUCCUCGUCGCUUCAGUAAACUCAUUCUACUUUCCGCGUUGACGGGUUGUGUUUGCCCAUCGAUGUAGUUGACUUUUCUGCUCCAAUUUUACAACUUCUGGUCCUCUUCAGCAAACAGGAAUUGGGACCCUCUGUUUCUAUCCAAUCUUUGAGUUUUUAUCUGGAUUUUAUGAUACAUGGAAAGGGAGAAAAUGCGCUGGUAGGGCGUUUCAGGGGUUAACUGUAAUGGGCGCAAUUUGUUCCAAGGGUUCGGCAGUGGACUUUUCGGCUAGUCAUAUUAAGAUUAAUGUUGGUUGCAAGGAUGAUGCGAGGGUAUCCUCACCUUCUAAGUUGAAGUCUUACGGUAACUCGAAGGCUUUACUAGUAGGUGGUGUUCCGGAGAAGCGGAGCCUCGAGCAAUCCUUCUCAUUUUCAGAGGGGAUGUCUCCUAAUUUUGGUCGCAUUAGGAAUGGAACUCCCGCACCAAGGCAUCAUGCUUUAUCUAGAGUUCUUUCAGAAAAAUCUUGGUCAACUAAGUGGAAGGGGUCCUAUGGAGGAAAAUCUGGAACACAAAAGGUUGCAGAAGUAGGUUUGCUUCUGGGCAGGGCUGGUAGUGUAGGUUUUGGUAAGGCAGUAGAGGUUUUGGACACAAUCAGUAGUAGCGUGACUAGUUUGAAUACCAGCAGUGGCUUUUCAUCAAGGGUAACAACAAAGGGAAAUAAAAUAUCUAUACUGGCUUUUGAGGUUGCAAACACAAUUGUAAAGGGCGCCAAUCUUUUACAUUCACUUUCAGAAGAAAAUACUAAUAACUUGAAGGGAGUGGUGCUUCCUUCUGAAGCAGUUCAAAAUUUGGUAUCCGAAGACAUGGAUGAGUUGCUAAGAAUUGCUGCUACUGACAAAAGGGAAGAGUUGAAAGUAUUUUGUGGAGAGGUGGUUCGAUUUGGGAAUCGCUGUAAAGAUCCCCAAUGGCACAACUUGGAUCGCUACUUUGCAAAUAAUUCUAGAUUAGGUUCUGAACUCGCAUCACAACAGCAAUGUAAAGAGCAAGCUGCAGAGGUUAUGCAGCAGCUAAUGAUCUUGGUUCAGUAUACAGCUGAACUCUAUCACGAGCUACAUGCUUUGGAUAGAUUUAGCCAAGAAUAUCGCCGGAAACUCCAAGAAGAAGAAAAUUCAGCUCCAAUUCAGAAAGUUGACAAUCUUCAGAUUCUUAGGCAAGAACUGAAAAGCCAAGAGAAACAUGUGAAAAGCUUAAAAAAGAAAUCAUUAUGGUCUACGAACUUGGAAGAGGUCAUGGAGAAGCUUGUCGAAAUUGUCCAUUUCUUGCAUUUUGAGAUUCAUGAAGUCUUUGUAAAUGCUGCUGCGUCAGGAUCUUACAAUGGUCAUCAGAGACUGGGUCCAACUGGCCUUGCGUUGCACUAUGCAAAUGUAAUCAAUCAGAUUGACACCAUUGUAUCACGGUCAGGUUCUGUGCCACCAAGCACGAGAGAUGCGCUGUACCAAAACCUUCCCCCAGCAAUAAAGUCUACACUGCGCUGGAGGCUGCAAGAAUUUCAGCUCAAUGAAAAGCCACCCGCUUCUCUAAUCAAGGCUGAAAUGGAGAAAACAUUGCAAUGGCUGGCCCCAAUGGCCAAUAACACUACCAAAGCGCACCAUGGCUUUGGCUGGGUUGGAGAAUGGGCGUGCAUAGGAACUGAGGCGGGUCAGAAGCCAGCAGGUCCUACCAGUUUGAUAAGGAUAGAGACGCUGUAUCAUGCCGACAAGGAGAAAACUGAAGCCUACAUUUUUGAAUUGAUAGUUUUUCUCCACCACUUCAUAAGCCAAUUAAGACCAGGAAGAUGCUUUACCUUCUCUCGAUCACCAGUAAAAUCUCUGAUCCGCUUUCCUUCGCAGAAGAUCUCAUCGUCAGCUCCUUUGCCUAGCUCCUCUUCUUCAUCAUUGCUCACACUGGAAGACAAAGAGAUGCUAAGAGGGCUCAAGUUCCACGAGGCUUCUCCAGGGAUAAGCAAAAGCCAGGAGUUUGAGAUUAGGCGGCCAAGGCUGAGCAAAAACCAUAGAUUGAGCAAGAGCAGCAACCAUUCUCCAACGGCAGAGAGCAAGCAUGAAUCAAGGAAGACGCCAUUGUUUCCUGUCAUCGAUUUUGAUAUCGAUCUUAAUACAACUUUGGAUGUGAUUGAUAGGGUGGAUGGACUAUGAUGGAAUUAUGAAUAACUUGAUUUGGAUGCUUCAUUGAUAGUGGAGAGAAUAAGCUUCCAGAAUAUAUAGUUCUAUUCUGAUUAGAAGAAGCUGCUAAUUAGAAGAAAAAAUAGGGUCAGGCAUUGAAUAAAAUUUGAUCAGGUUGAAUUUUAUUUUUGUCAGAUUUAUUUUGGAAUGGGCAUAAUGUAAGUUUUGAUGGAUCAAUCUAUGUUAUACUAUUCCAAAAUAAAUUUAAUGAUAAUAUGAAUCAUCUUCAUCAAAUUUUUGAUUAGUAUAUAUAUUCUGACAUGAAAAUUUUCCAUUGAUUAUGAUUAUUACCUUUCAACCUAAGGAAUUUUUAUUUUUUUUGCUGUGUUGGGUGUAAAUUGAGUUGAUUGGAGGUAAGAAGUUAUCUCCAGUAUUUUAUUCACAGCAAAGUUGGUGUAUUAUUUCAUUCCAA